UAAACUAUAGGAAAAGAAUGUGCACUUUCCUCCGGGGAAUCCCUCAAAAGAGAGCGAAACACGAUGCCAGCACUUCUGCGCGAAGGCAAGAAUCGGAGGAAGGGCGAGGGCAAGCGGAGGGCGGCGGUCCCUUCUCUCUCAAGAGUCUCCAUCUUCCUCCGAUGGCUUCCUCCCAUCUCAUUUCUUCCUCGCGCGGCGACGCCACUAUUGACGCCCUGCAUUGUGAAUCGGAGGUUUACCAUUCGUAAGAAAUGGCUGUACCGGAAGUUAACAAGCAAAUGCUUGAAGAGCUCGAGUCAAUGGGAUUUCCAACUGUCCGUGCUAUAAGAGCCCUUCAUUUUUCUGGUAAUUCAACUACUGAGGCAGCGAUAGACUGGCUUCUAGAACAUGAAAACGACCGGGAUAUUGAUGAAAUUCCUUUGGUCCAUGUCAAUGUCCAAAUUGAAAAUGGAACGUCAUGGAUGACCCCGGAUGAAGUGAGAACAAGACUAGAGCGACUACGGGAACUUGCUCGCAAGAAUAGAGAUGUAGAGGAACAGAGAUUGCAAAGAGAAAGAGAGAAGGAAAGAAUACGGGCAGGCAAAGAGCUUCAGGAAGCAACGCGAAUUAACGAGGAAAAUGAAAGAAAAAGAAAUUUGCUAUUGCGGAAGGUAGAGAAAGAGGAGGAGAAGAGAGCAAGGGAAAGGAUCCGCCAAAAAUUGGAGGAGGACAAGGCAGAAAGAAGAAGACAGCUGCGAUCGCAGCCCCAAGACCCUGCAGUUGCAAAACAUGCGCUUUCUGUGCAGGAAAAUAAGGGAUCCAUACAUGUGAAGCCUACUGCAAGGGCAGAGCACAUGAGGGAUUGCUUACGUUCUCUUAAGAAGAAUCACAAGAAUGAUGGUGCUGGAGUUCAGAAAGCUUUUGCCACUCUUGCUAUCUACGUGCGCAAUGUCGCCAAGAAUCCAGAGGAGGAGAAGUUCAGGAAGAUUCGACUCGGUAACCUCAACUUCCAGGAUAGAGUUGGCAGACUGAAGGGAGGCAUGGAGUUUCUCGAGCUAUGUGGAUUUGAGAAGGUCGAAGGGGACAAGUAUCUGUAUUUGCCCAGGGACAAAGUCGACUUGACUGUGCUGAAUGCUGCUCUGUCACAGCUUCACUCAGCCAUGGAGAAUCCCUUCUUUGGAGUUCUCUAGCAUAAUGUUUAACUGGCUAUUUGAUUCCGUCGAAAAGGACAAUGCAUUGUACUCUUAUUACUUUCUGAAGCAUAAGAAAGGGACAAUAGUGGCUUCGCCAGCUACUGACCACCA